AUGGAUGUGGACGGAUCAGCUAUAUCAGGAGAGAUAGACCAAAAUUUGUUAUUACAAUUUAGUUGUAUGAAUACCACUGACAGAGAUGAACUUAUCAAUCAAAUGCAAAGGCUUUUGGGACCUAGUUUAAGUUAUAACACAGCAAGUUUUUUUCUAGAUAUGAGUAAUUGGAAUUUACAAGCAGCAAUAUGUUGUUAUUUAGAUUAUAGUUUACCACCAAAGCUUCUUUCUAUGUCUUUAAAGGCAGCUCAAACACAGGAGUCAGCUGUUAGUCCAGGAACUUGCUUUGAGCAAAGUUGGAGUAUUGCAAACACGGGAACUGAAAGCUGGCCAGGAUGGUAUAGGUUGAUUCAAGCUGGUGGAGACCCGUUAGGAGCAAACCCUUUCUAUGUGCCACCGUUGCUUCCAGGUCAUACUACAACUGUCACCCUGAAAUUAGUUGCGCCUAGUACUCCAGGGACUUACAGAGGCUAUUUCCAUUUUGUUUCAGAUAAAGAUGAACAAAUAGGAGAUCCAUUAUGGGCAGAAAUUAAGGUGGAAUCAGAAGAAACAAUGGCUUUAGCUGAACAAUUUGCGGCAUUACCAAUAGUUGAAGAUCAAACACAGCCUCCACCAUCAGACGAUCAAAUGUGUUGA